GGGGUGUAAAUCACUUCUGCCUCUUUAAGAGGUCGCUGGUUCAGUGCAGCGGGGAUUUUUUCCCCACUUUUUCUCCGCAGCCACGCAGCGCGAUGAGGAGCAUCGCCGAGGCGAAGCCAUGCGCGCCGGGACCGCCUGCCUGCUGCGCCUCAGCGCGCUCUGCAUCAUCCUGCUCUCCCACGCAGCAGCAGCUUACUUCGGGCUCACGGGCCAGGAGCCCUUGGCGUUCUUGUCGGGCCCGUACAGCAGUACGGAGUCCUCGGGUGGAAAGGCGCACGUGAAGCAGUGCGAGCAGAUGGCGCUGACGCGGCGUCAAAAGCGCGCGUGCCGCCGCGAGCCGGGUUUGGCGGAGACGCUGCGGGAGUCGGUGCGCCUCAGCCUGAUGGAGUGCCGCUACCAGUUCCGCAACGAGCGAUGGAACUGCAGCAUGGACGGACGAGGAAGCCUGCUGAAGCGAGCUUUCAAAGAGACGGCAUUCCUCCUGGCAGUGUCCUCAGCAGCUCUGUCACACACACUGGCCAAAGCAUGCAGUUCAGGCCGUAUGGAGCGCUGCACAUGUGACGACACUCCGGGUCUUCAACAGCGUGAAGCCUGGCAGUGGGGAGUGUGUGGAGACAACCUGAAAUACAGCACCAGGUUCCUUAAGAAGUUCCUGGGCCAGAAACGGGUUAGCAAGGACCUGCGGGCUCAGGUCGAUUCACAUAAUAUAAACGCCGGCAUCCGGGCUGUAAAGAACGGGCUGGUGAUGACCUGCAAGUGUCACGGCGUCUCCGGCUCAUGUGCAGUCCGCACGUGCUGGAAGCAGCUCUCACCUUUUUAUGUGACAGGCCAGCUCCUGAAGUAUCGCUAUGACACGGCCGUACGCGUCCUCAGUGUCACCAACGUGGCCACCGGUGACACCGAGCUGGCCGGACCUGCACGUCGAGGCGACACAGCUCCUCGGCCUCACCUCUCUGAGCUGGUGUUCCUAGAAGAGUCACCUAGCUUCUGCCGCCCGUCUCGGUACUCAGCCGGUACAUCUGGUCGCACCUGCGCCAAGGACACGAGCUGCAGCAGCCUUUGCUGUGGACGCGGCUACAACACGGCUCUACGUCUCGUCACGCUGUCCUGCAACUGCCAGGUACGGUGGUGCUGCCAUGUCGAAUGCCAAACCUGUGUCCGAGAAGAGGAGGUAUACACGUGCAAGAAGCACUGAUUAAAAUAGAGAAAGAGAGUAAAGAGUUAAAGGUGAUUUGAAUGGAUUUAAUGCCUCAAUUUCUGGGCAAAGUUGGACAAGACCCCCAAACCCUCCUCCCACCAAGGCAUCGCUGUCUGAAAUAGGGUUGUGCUCUUGCUGGCAUGGAAGAAAAAGGAACAUUGUGGGAAUUCUGUGAUCCUCACCCCACAAGUUUGCUCCAUGCAAGAAGUCACUCAUAGAGGUCUUAUCUCCUUCUCUCUGAAUGUACUCAAUGGAAAAUCCUCACGAGCAGGUGCCAUGAAUCACAUUGGUGGACUCCGAAUGGAUUUGAAAAAAACUUUGAGACAGUAUACAGAUUAUUUACCUGUAUGUCAAUCUGUCCUUCUGCCUGUGUUUAAAAAAAAACAUAAGGGUCAAAUAUUAUGCUGAUAUUAUAAAGCACUUAAAUUUAUCAUGCGAUUGGUGUGUGUUUGGUAGGAGGAAAAUGUAUCAUUAAUGUAUCAUUAUUAUACAUUAUACUGUAUCACAUUCUUAAAAAAAACCACGCAAUCAUUUGUCUGACACCGCGGCAAUGUACAUUAGUCUUGACCUCAAGUGUUCAGAAAUCCUGUAACAGGCAACCCAACACACAAGUGAGCACUCCAGUAUGUUGAUAGUGUGCGGUCAAGAUUUCCGACAGCUGCGUAAAAUUUGUGAAACAUCUGCUCACUUAUUGUAGUGUCUUUAGAGUGCACUUUGCCAGCAAAGACAUAUGAUGACCUCAUUCCCAGAACAAACUUACUGCCCACUUUGGCAUCAUCUAAAGCUCUUUCAUGUCUGGCGAAAGUCUUUGAAAUUUCUCAUUGCACCCCAUUAUUAUUUUCUCUCUUACUAAUCAGAGGACAUAACAACUCUUAAUCACUCGGCGCUCGUCUCAGAGGUCACACAUGGACCGCACAGCAAGUCUUAGUCAUGCAGCCUUAAUGUCUUUAACGUUGGAUGUGUUUUGUGUUACAUACAUACAUAUUUGCAUCUCUAUAUAUUGUGCAAAUCCGUCAUAGAGCUAAAGUACUACUGCUGAAGUACUACUUUUUAUGAACAUUCAGAAACCAUAUGCAUUUACAUGCAGUUAAAUAUUAUCAAACCCAAAGCUGAAACCUGUUAGAGAAUAUGUUCUUACUUGUGCAAUAUGUGUGUGUGUGUGUGAGAGAAAGGAAUAGAAAAAGUGCAUGUGAUUGUGUGCACAGGAAGAGAAAAAAAUCGCCCACAUCAAUCAAGCUGUUGAAGGUCCAAGUCUCACGGUUGGUGAACCGAGGGACGUAAAAACGCGGUUUGCUUCUGGACAUUUCACUUUCCAUAAGGGUUUUUUAUAUGGUUUUGGCUAUAUAUAUAUAUAAAAAACACACAAAAACAAAGGUUGUGUGUAAUCCUGUCAACAUUUAAAAAAAGGAAAGAAAGACAUUAAUAUAUCUCAUGUAUUUUAUAUUCUCCACACUCAUUUCAAUUCACAAGCAUGAGGAAAAAGCUGUAAGCUGUUUAAAUCCUAUUUUCCUUUGCAAUAUUUGAGCUUUAGAGACCCAGACUGAGGAUAUCUUUACAAUAAGUGCGAUUAUGCCUGAAUGUCAGCGUGAGAGAGAUACACUCAUUGAGGGAGCACAUGCAAAUGUCUCCAAACCAUUGCAGAAGCAAGACAGUUCCUUACAUAUCCAUGUGUGUGUGUGUCUAUGUGUGUGUGUGUGUGUGUGUGUGUGUGUGUGUGUGUGUGUGUGUGUGUGUGUGUGUGUGCUAAAAUGUAAAAUGCAUACAGUGUUUUAUUAUAAUCGUUCGUUACGUAGCUGUAGGUUUGCCUUCAUGAUCUUUUAACAGUAUAUUUUACUCCAAAUAAGGCACAUUUUCUCCUGUGGGACCUUUUUCUUUCUACCUCACCUGCUUUUUGGGAAAAUUGAAUAUUUAAGAAAAAAGAAAUUGUUAUAUUUAGAUCUCAAUAGAUAUUUAAAACAAGAGCUACAAGCAAAACACCUCAGAGCUAGUGUGUACACCUUUAGAAAUGCACAUUCUGACCUAUUUCUUUAUUUAAUACUUAUAUUGUUUCUUGAAUAAUAGUUAUGAUGUUAACCUUUGUAUAGACUGGUUUAUAUAUUUGAUAUCAGCUUUUGAAAAAUCCCCAAAUAAAGCUGAAACUUUGACCUAA